GUGCGUUUAAAAAAAAGUAGUGCAUGCAUUACUUUUAGCGCGCUGCUGUGCAAUUUCAUCCUAUUCAAAUGAAUGGGCAUGAAAUCGCACCGCAUAGACCCACAUAUGAAUUGCGCAGAAAUGCACAGUGUGUUCCUGUAUGAUCAGGGGCGGACUGACCACUUGGAAACUUGGGCACUGCCCGAGGGCCCGUGAUGCCCCUGGUACCUUUUUUAUAGGCUUUUUUGAGUUUGGGCAAGGACACAGGGGCCCCAUGAUCCCCUAUUGCCCGGGG